AUGAGUCUCUCUGCCUUGAAAAAGGCCAAGAACACAAUCAUAGGCAACCCCACCGCUAAACACGCCAUGGCCAACGAUGAGGCCCUCGUCGACUUCAUCAACAACCCGCCCCUGAUAUUAGAGGACCCUUCAUCGUCGCAGGACGAUAUCCGCAUCGAGGCCGCACAUGUUAUUGCCUCGCUGUCCUAUGGCUCCGAGGAUGCGCUCAAGACUCUUAUGAGAUACAAUGCCCACCAAGCCUUCAUCUACGCAAUAGCCAGCUUCCGACCACCUGAGUCGCCCAAGUUUCGUGCGGCCUUUGCACGCGCCCUGCCACAACUCCUUGCAAAUGCAAUUCGGGUGCCAAUCCAUCGUGUGGCAGUAUCAGAUUGGUUGCCGGUGGCAGAUCGCCUGAAGGAGGUGAAAGGCAAGAGAGCGUGGGAGAAGCCUGGCUUAUCGAGCUCUUCCAGCAGACGAAACGGCCGGGUCAUGCGAAGUUUGAUUGCUCUGCUGCAGAAGAAAGAUAUCAAGUCGCAAGAAGCUGCCCUUUCUGCACUCGCUUAUCUGGCAAAGGACAAUCCUCAAGUGGCAUCGAAGUUGACCAAGGCCAUUCUAGACCGAGAAGCGCCGCUCUCACAAGUGCUCACCUAUUGCACAUCACGUUGCACUGACCUUCAGCUCGCCGCAUGUCUAUGGCAAGUUAUCCGUAGACUACGGCACAUAUCACCAUACUCAUCAUUUUCCUAG